AUGGCUGCCUCUGCCGCCCCUCCCUCCUCGGCGACCGGCGCCCGCGCCUACGGCACCACGCCGCGCAUCAAUGGUACCCGCCUCGUCGAGUCCAUUCACUACACUUCCGAGACCUGGGGCGCCGCCCACCGCUACGGCGAGGACCACACCGAGACGGGCAUGGCGCGCCUGUCGCUCGACGACGACGACGCGGCCGUGCGGCGCUGGCUGGCCAAGGAGGCCGAGGCGCUGGGGUGCACGGUGACGGUGGACCAAAUCGGCAACAUGUUUUUGGUGCGGGGGGGCGAGAACACGGACGUGCCGCCGACGUUUAUGGGCUCGCACCUGGACACGCAGGCGACGGGCGGGCGGUACGACGGCAUUCUGGGCGUGCUGGCCGGGCUGGAGGCGCUGCGGACGAUCCACGAGCAGGGGGUCAAGACGAAGGGGCCCAUUGGGCUGGUGAACUGGACAAACGAAGAAGGCGCCCGGUUCCCGAUGAUCACAAUGGCGUCGGGCGUCUGGGCCGGCGUGACGUCGCUCGAGGCGGCCUGGAACUGCAAAGAGACGCCGGCGGCGGCCGCACGCUACGGCCACAGCGACCCGGUGACGGUCAAGGAGGAGCUGCAGCGCAUCGGCUUCCUGGGCACGACGCCGGCGACGCCGGCGGCCAUGCCCAUGGCCGCGCACUUUGAGCUGCACAUUGAGCAGGGCCCGAUCCUCGAGGCCGAAGACCGCCCCGUCGGCGUCGUCGAGGGCGCCCAGGGCUAUGCCUGGUACGAGGUCACCGUCCGCGGCAAGGACGCCCACGCCGGCACGACGCCGCUGCACCGGCGCCGCGACGCGCUGCUGGCCGCCGCCCAGAUGAUUGUCGCCAGCAACGGCGUCGCGCACGCCGAGUCCGCGUCGACCGACAAGAAGGUGGGCGUCGUCACGGCCGGCGUCGUCAGCGCCCUGCCGGGCACGCCCAACACGAUCCCGCACACGGCGUCCUUUACGCUCGACAUCCGCCACCCGGAGCCCGCGCGCCUGCAGGCCAUGGUGGCGGCGUGCAAAACCCAGUUCGCCGACAUUGGCGCCAAGGGCGGCGUCAGCGUCGACUGGGCCUGCCUCUCCGACAACGCGCCCGCCGUCUUCCACCCCGACUGCGUGGCCGCCGUCGAGGCCGCCGCCGAGGAGGAGGUCGGCCAGCACACGACGGCGUCGGGCGCGACGAUCACGGGCCACCGGCGCAUGUGGAGCGGCGCCGGGCACGACAGCUGCAACGUCAACAAGCACUACCCGGCGGGCAUGGUGUUUACGCGGACCAAGGACGGCCUGAGCCACACGCCGGUCGAGUACUGCAGCCCGGAGGACUGCAUCAAGGGCGCGCAAGUGCUGCUGGGGGCCGUGCUCCGCUUCGACGCGAAGCGAGACAUUUAG